AUGCGUGCAGGUACAUGGCACCGGAACAGCACUUCCAAGCCAUCUCAGCCAUUUGUCACGGGACAGGGUCAGCACCAACCCUUGUUUUCUGGUCCACUACCAUUCGACGGAUAUGGAUUCGGUUUCGAUUUAUCUGGACCCUUGAGUUUGGGCACCUGGGAUGAAGCCAUGCUGUUGAGUCCCAGUUCGUGGCCAACCGACACCGGACCCUUCGCGAAUGUGAAUAUGCAUGCCGACCCUGUUCCGCAAUCUAUCCACCAUCUCCCACACACUCAGAGGCCUUCUGGUCAGAUUCUGGGAGUCACUACGACUGCCAAUAAUGGAGCGCGUGAAUUGCCAGAGCGUAGACCAAACCAACCUGAUCCAGCUUCAACUUCACCGUUCUCGACCGAGGAUGCGCCGAAUGGACCGAACGAAGACUAUCUCUUACACACAUUUCUUCAAAUGCUCAUGCCGCCUAUCCUUACACCGGUGGAAAUUGGUCCAAAGUGGGCAUCCACCCGGGCCUUCUUUGCCACUUUAGCUGCAGAGUCACCUAUCGUCAAGAGUGCCAUCAUAGCAUUCGCCGCGAUGCAGAUGCAGCGUAGCGGGCUAGGUAACGACGUGGCCAAGGCAGAUUGGAGGCCUUUGUACGAAAUUGCAACUAGACAGGUAUCAAGCCGCCUGGCAAAGACGCGAGUAGUCGAAGACAGCAAUCUAAGGCACAUGCUCGCCGCCCUUUUCUUGCUUACCUAUACCGAUUUACUUACGGAAAUGCUGCCGCGAGCCCACGCCAACUUACGAGAAGCAUACAUGCUUAUAAAGGGCACGGACAAGAUCAAGUUCUCUGUCCCAGAACGCCGACUUAUUUCUUGGUUGCGUCUUCUCGAUGCACGUGCUAUCUCAACGGCAGGUGGUGAAGGACUCUUUUUAGCGGAUACGGAUGAGACCAUCUUUGAUGCAUCGCCUGCUGCCAAUCCCGGAUCAGAACCGGACACGCCAGACACUGAGAUUGAGGAAAUCCUGUUUGAUGUGUUAUAUCACCCCGGAAUCAUCUUCUAUCAGAAGGUGCAGUCUUUCGCCGGCCGCAUCACACGCAUUGACCCCUGGCAUCGUACACGCGGCACCGUUCAGGACGAGACAGAAGUGAUGGCUAUCGCAGCACAGAUCUCUAAGGACCUGCAUGCGCUUUACGGUCAGCGACCGGCAUUGAUGGAUCAUGCGGUCGCAGGAAACCUCACGGAGAAGCAUCUAGCCAAGAAUCUAGCAGGUGCGCUCACACGAAGCUUUCGCACAUAUCUCGCCAACUAUCACGCCUCGUUCAUACACUUACAUCGCGUCGCGUAUGUGCAGUACCCUAAGACCAGGGACGUCAUAAGCGCUAUCGCAAGUAUAAAGCGUCUAACACAUUUGAUGGCGCAGACAGAUGAGUCGCUGCCUGUUAACGUCUUAUGGCCUCUCCUCAUGUGGGGCUGCGAAGAGGAUGAUAACGAAGAAAGACGAUGGAUCAUUGACGCAAUUCGCGGUCUCGAGAGCAUCGCUACCAAUGCCAAGGCUACCGCCGAUCUUCUGGAAGAAGUACAAAGAAGGCAAGAUGAAGGCAAGAGAAGAGUUGACGUGCAGUUCAACAUCAAUGCCCAUUGCAACUUCCCCAAGCACACGCUGUCGCUCUGUUUUUCGAUCUCGGGCGAAAGUGGCAACGCGGAAAACCUUGCCAUAUACAGUAAAGCCUGCCGUGAGCGUCAUAUCAAAUGUGUGAAGUUGCGCGACUCGGAAAAAUGCAAAUAUUGCACUGAGCGCAAAAAGCCAUGCGUUCGCGGCAAUGCCUUUCGCUUCCGUCCCGUCACAGCAGUGAAGUUCAAUGCUGGUGAAGACAUAGGUUCCGCCGAGCAAUCGCUCGAAUUCCGAGUGGGUCAGCAAUGGGUGGACAUACCAAGUUCGUGUGCGUAUGCGCCAGGUCCUAUCCAACUACAGUGGCUGAUAAAAAGUGGCGUAGUGCACUUUGUUGAGCACAACAAGGAUAGCGGUGACGAAGAAGAGUACGAAGCUGUGCCAGAAGGCGAAGCGAAUCCCAAAAGCACGUCCAACGAUGUUGAUGUUACUUCGAAUGUCCGACGACCAGACCAACGUUUGGACGGAGUUUCCAGCGAGAGCCAACUGGCAUCGUCAUAUCGUGACGUAAACCCAUUUGCGACCGUUCCGAUUCCAGAAUUCGACGAUACUAGCGAUUUGCCGUCCAUCCACGACGUUCUCAGUACUACUCACAUCCCACCAUCCCUAGUUCAUGGCACUAGUGCUGGGAGCAACAACGCAUCGCAACAUAUUCGAGCCGCCUCUUCGAUAAACCCACUAGCAAACACCAGCCACUGGCAAGCAAGCCCCGGAUCACUUCAAAGCCUAUCGCAGUCUCCGAGUGUGUCAAAAAAGAGCCCUUUCGGGUCAAUCACUAACAACCAGUCCCCUUACAAUUCCACAGCAUUCAGUCCUUCCUCAGCACCACCACUCAAGUGGCCUGUGAAUAGUGCACACGAAGCACGUCUUUUCCAUCAUUACCUGUUCUUCUGCACUUCAUGGAUCGACGUAUGCGAUCCACGACGACACUUCGCUGUCGAGGUACCGAAACGUGCAGCCCACUUUCCUGUGAUUCUAAAUGGUAUACUGGGCGUUGCCGCAAGGCACUGCUGGUUGAUGGGUAAAGCCGCAGAUGUGUCGCAGCCCUACAUAGAUCAGUGCUUACAAGCGCUGAUCGUGGCGCUUGAGGAUCCGCUGGCACAUUGGGAUGAGAACUUUCUUAUCGCUGUUAUUCUGCUUCGUCUUCAUGAAGAAAUGGGCGAAUCCGAUGAACACUGCCACCAUCUGGGUACUGCCCGUAUACUAAACAGUAUCUCAUCGUUCGCCGCAGACGGCGGCCUCCGAGAAUCGGCAUCCUGGGUGUCUCUUCGCCAACACAUCUACGUCUCUCUUACGACCCAAAAGCCCCUCAACCUCAGUCUCGAUAACUACCGCCACUCCGCUGUGUUCAGCGAGUUCGACGACGAAAGCUGGGCCAAUCGCAUCAUAUUUCUCUUCGCUAACGUCCUGCAAGCCGUAUUUGGAGGCAGCAACAACGGCAGCGAAAACGUUAGUCGCGAAACAUGGAAAGACUUGAGCGACGAGGUAGAUGAAUGGGAGCGGACAAAACCCUGGACAUUUUCUGCUUUCCAUGUCGAGCCUGACGCAGGUGAUCGGUUCGAAGGAAGUUGGCCCGAACAGCUCUGCCCGUCAGGCGUUGUAGCAGUCGGUUUACAGUACUACCACCUCUGCAAGAUACUGCUGACUAUAUACUCGCCUAAUGCCUCUUUGGUGGGGCUCGCCGGUGUCCGUGCAAGAAAGUCUACCGAUGCAGCCAUUCGCAAGCACAUGAGGAUAACGAUAGGAUACGGUGUGAGUAAUAGUCACUGUGGAAAUGCCAUGUUCCAGGGUAGUCAUAUUCUAAGUGCAUGUGGAGCGUAUAUCAUCGAUCCGAGGGAGCAGCAGGCUUGUGUGGAGUAUCUGGAACAGUUGCAGAAACUGAUAGGGUGGAGGACGGAUGGCGUGUUGAGAGAUCUCAGAGAACAAUGGACAAUCUGA